CCUUGGCUCUGCCUGGCCCCUCUAGGGGUUUGGAUCGCUCGUGGCCCACCCUUAGCGCCCAGUGGACUGGCCAGGAUCUCGGAUAUGCCGAGUCCAGAUGAGGCGGGGAAGGCAAUCUGCGGAGGAUGACGAUCUGGUCCUCCAGCUAGAUACUGCCUUGCCUCCGGUGAUGGGCUCAGGAAGGGAUGCGGAGCGAAUCGGAGUGAAGGGGGUUCUGGAAAGCUCUCAGCACGGGGGGCUAGAGGGCCUGGGCUGAAUCGCACCCUUCCAGUUGCUACUCGCUGACUAGUGGGGAGAUUGGCCAGUGAGAUGUGUCAGAGGAGAGGAGCUCAAAUAAAGAGCUGUGGGAGGCAGAGAAGAGAUGAUGUCCUCUAAAUAGCUCGGGGACCGCAGAAGGUUUUUACACAACACCCUCAGGAGCUGUGCCUUGUGUUUAGAGGCAGGAGCUGACAUGGACCCAAAUCCGCGGGCAGCCUUGGAGCGCCAGCAGCUCCGGCUUCGGGAGCGGCAGAAAUUCUUCGAGGACAUUUUACAGCCUGAGACGGAGUUUGUCUUCCCCCUGUCCCACCUGCAUCUUGAGUCGCACAGACCCCCCAUAGGUAGUAUCUCAUCCAUGGAGGUGAAUGUGGACACACUUGAGCAAGUGGAGCUUAUCGACUUGGGGGAUCAAGAUGGAGCAGACGUGUUCUUGCCUUGUGAAGACCCUCCACCAACCCCGCAGACGUCUGGGGCGGACGACUGUCCUGAGGAGCCGAGCCUGCCGGUGCCCACGCCAGACAGGACGACGUCUCGUACUUCCUCCUCGUCCUCCGACUCCUCCACCAACCUGCACAGCCCCGAUGCCAGUGACGGCGGAGCAGACACGCCCCUGGCACAGUCUGACGAGGAGGAGGAUGGAGGCCAUGAUGGCGGGGCAGAGCCCGGAGCCUGCAGCUAGCAGUGGGCCCCCACCUACAGACUGUGUGAGCUGCCUCGUCUCCACUGGAGGCCCCAGGCCCGGCCAGAGCCCUUCAGAGAAGACCAGACUCUUUACUGCAGUAGGCACCAGGGGGAGGAAAGGAGGGUGGGAUGGUGUGCCUUCCUGGGAAUUAACCCGCUCCUGCUUUACUGCUAACCUUCCCCUGCUGCAUCCUUCCGCUAUUCGUUAGAAUAUUUGGAAUUAGCUGGGCAUUUGGAAUAUAGUUUUGAACAAGACAGGCACCCUGCCUUCAUGGAGGAGAAAAAAAUCAAGAAAAUACCAUGGUUUAGGCUUACUCCUGAAGUAGGGCCCACGAGUGAGGAGAUGGAAGAUGAGAUAGGAUGAGAUGCCACUGCUUUUCUUAGCACUCUUCCCUCCUCCAGACUGUCCAAGUCUCCUAAACCAGUGUCUCUAAGUGGACGUGAACUCCUUAACACUCCCAGGGAGAUGGUCCUGCAGCCAUCCUGCUUCCUUCCAUCCUUUUUGGAACAGGGCAUGGUGUGAAUAAUAAACAGAUAACAAUAUACCAA